CGUACGUGUUUGUGCGAAACCAAGUCACAGAUAUCGCACUACUUAAAAGCAUACAUUGGCUGAAGCUAGCCAGUUUAUUCUUCUUGAGCAUCAACACACAUCAGGUGUAAGUGCAGUUAUGGCGAGCAAACACGACUCCGAACUUCUGAGUCCCUUGAACUCUUCAAGUGAAGAAACCAGGCCUGGUGCGGCUGUUGAAGAAGAAGAUGGAAAGCGAGAGCAGUGGACAAGAAAACUUGAUUUUCUCUUAUCGUGCAUCGGUUAUGCUGUGGGACUCGGCAACUUAUGGCGUUUCCCGUAUCUCUGCUACAUCAAUGGAGGAGCCUCCUUCCUGAUUCCUUACUUGAUUUGUUUGGUGUUCUGUGGAAUUCCUAUCUUCUACUUGGAAGUCGCUCUUGGUCAGUACGUUGGAAAAGGAAUCGUCAAAUCAUGGGCGGCAAUUUGUCCUUUGUUUGGAGGGCUUGGGUAUGCUAUGUUAGUGAUCACCUUCCUAAUCAGCGUUUAUUACAAUGUCAUCAUCGCUUGGACUCUGUAUUAUUUGGUCGCGACUUUCCGAAAGACUCUGCCUUGGGGUGAAUGUGGAAACGAGUGGAAUUCUAACUACUGCAAGAAAGACCGGGUAAUGGAUGCAAGAGUGAACUGCACAGCCAUUGGUCUUCCUGUCAACUGUACUGGAAGUUACAUUUCUCCCGAGGAAGAAUACUUCAAUAAUCACGUCCUCAAGUUGUCUGAUGGAAUUGAUCAGCCAGGAGAAGUACGUGGAGAACUGGCUGCCGCGUUACUUGUAGGUUGGAUCGCUGUUUACUUCUGUGUGUGGAAAGGAGUGAAAUCAGUUGGAAAGGUUGUGUACUUCACUGCGUUGUUUCCCUACUUCGUUUUGUUCAUCCUUCUUGUGCGAGGUGCUACUUUGGAAGGAGCUGGCGAUGGAGUCUUGUUCUAUUUGAAGCCUGAGUUCUCCAGACUCUCGGAUCCAAAGGUGUGGGUGCAAGCCGCCGGUCAGAUAUUUUAUUCACUCAGCAUUGGCAUGGGAGGACUUCUCACCUACAGCAGUUUUAACAAAUUCAACAACAAUUGUGAAAGGGACAGCGUGGUGGUAUCACUUAUCAACUGCUUCACCAGCUUUUUCGCGGGCUUUACCGUUUUCACUAUGAUGGGGUUCAUGGCACACUUACUGAAAACUGAAGUUGGAAAUGCAGUUAAAGGAGGACCAGGUCUGGUGUUUAUGGCGUUUCCUGAAGGAAUUAAACAGCUUCCAGUGUCUCAACUCUGGGCAUUUCUCUUUUUCUUUAUGUUGUUUAAUCUUGGACUUGACAGCCAGUUUGUUGGCGUAGAAACUUGUACCACGGUUAUUCUGGACUGGUCACCACGCAUGCGUAAAUACAAGUCUCUUAUUUCCCUUGGCUUCUGUAUCAUCUGUUACCUCCUUGGACUUGCACACGUUACGCAGGGUGGACUGUACGUGUUCGAGAUGUUUGACAUUCAGAGCGGAGGAAUCUCAUUGGUUCUUAUUGCGCUUCUUGAAACUGUCGCUAUUGGAUGGGUGUAUGGCACAGAAAAAUUCUGCAAAAACAUCGAAAGCAUGGUGGGGCAUCGACCAAACAUCUAUUUCAGGUGGUGCUGGAAGUUUAUCUCACCUGUCAUUAUUCUGGUCAUAUUUGUCUGGCAGUGCGUGGAAUGGUCUGGACUGUCACUUGGUGACUACAAAUAUCCCGUCUGGUCCGAAUUUGUUGGGUGGGGACUUUGUCUCUCUUCUAUUCUUUGUGUUCCCGGUUACGCCUUAUACAGGCUACUGACUGAUGACAAAUCUCUCCCACUCAAAGAGAGAUUUUUGAACUUGCUAAAGCCUGAUGAAGCAACUAUGCGGAGGAUUGAACAACAAAAUGGGAUUCCCUCCAAAACCGAAUUUGCGCUGAUAUAAAGGCGAAAUCCCUGUUCUGCAACGAGGAGGAACUUCCAUGUACAAAGCUACAAUUAGAAUAGAAUUAAACAGCUUCGCAUGAAUUGACUCUUUGUUCAAGUGACACCACAACCAAUUAAAAAUUUAGAUGAGUAUAGUGCCAUAAAGGUUACUAAUUUGAAAAAAAAACCUAUUCGACAAAAGUAAAUUAGUCUUUUAAAGAGAGGUCAACGUUCACUUUUAUAUGGAAAUAGGAAAAAGUUUUCAGGGAUUUAAGCUUAACAGCCCUAAGAUUUAUGAUACCAUCUCAGUGUUAAUUAAAUAAGAGCACUUUUAUUACGUGUAAACCCACAGUUGAAAAUGAAUCACGUUGUAGUGCGUAGUAAAUGAGUUUUGAAGUUGUGGUAUCACAAG